AUGAGAAAUUUAUUUGUGUGCAUUCUUUACAUUCUAAUGACUGUAGAAUUUUUUCUUGGAAAUUUUGCUAAUAUCUUCAUAGCACUGGUGAACUUCAUUGACUGGGUCAAGAGACAGAAGCUCUCUUCAGCUGAUAGGAUUCUCACUGCUUUGACGAUCUCCAGAAUUGCAUUGCUUUGGGUAACAUUCAUGUUUCUUUAUUCAAGUAUGCUUAAUACAACUUCAUAUAAUGUGCAAGUAAGGAUUAUUUUCAAUAUCACAGGCGUCGUAUGCAACCAUUUUAGCACUUGGUUUGCUACUCUCCUCAGUAUAUUUUAUUUGCUCAAAAUAGCCAAUUUCCAUAACUUUAUUUUUCUUCAUCUGAAGAAGAACAUUAACCUUGUUAUUUCAGUGGUACUGCUGGGGAGUUCAGUGUUCUUGUUUUAUUAUCUUGCAGUGAUGAGUGUGGAGGAGAUUAUGUGGGUGAAUGAAUGUGAGAGAAACGUGACUCAGAAGACAAAUUUAACAGGCAUCUUACAUCUUUCAAAUAUGGCAGUUCUCACCAUGUUAAACCUCACACCCUUUACUACAUCACUGCUGUGUUUUCUGCUGCUCAUCUGUUCCCAGAGCAAACAUGUCAGGAAGAUGCAGCUUCAUGGGAAAGGACCGCAGGAUCUCAGCACCAAAGCCCACAUUAGAGCCCUGCAACUUAUUUUCUCCUUCCUUUUGCUGUUUUCCAUUUACACUGUGUCUAUAAUUGCAUCCGUUUGGAGAUUUAAUGAGCUGCAGAACAAACCACUUCUCUUUCUGUGGCAAGUUUGUGCACUUAUCUAUCCUUCAAGCCAUUCAUUUCUCCUGAUUUGGGGGAACAAGAAGCUGACGCAGACAUUUUUGUCAAUGUUGCGUCAGGUGAAGAGAAAAUGGAAUCCUUUAACUCUUUAG